AUGAGACUCUGGCUUCUAGCGCUGACCUGCUACUCAAUCUUUACCCUUGCCCAGGCUCAUGGGUGGGUUGGCAGCAUAACGGUGGCCGGGAAACCCUAUCCUGGAAACGGACUGGGCUCGUCUGGCACGCCGUCCUCCGUUAUUAGACAAGUGAACACCAACUCUCCAGUUACCAACGUCAUGGACGUCAACCUUGGCUGUGGACCUAAUGCUCAACCUGCUCAAUUAGUCGCAACCGCAAAUCCAGGCGAUGCAAUCCAGGUCGACUGGGUGUCAACUGAAGGCCCGUGGUUCCACAAUGUUGGGCCUAUGCUGACUUACCUGGCGAACUGUGGCAGCACAUCUUGCACCCAGUUCGACUAUACUCAAGCUAGAUGGUUCAAAAUCGAGCAAUCGGGCCGUGAUCCCGCAACGAAUGCGUGGGUUCAGGCAUCGCUGAACAGCGGCGCUCCUGCCAACUUGAGCUUGCCGGGCAACAUCGCUGCGGGAAAUUACCUACUCCGACAUGAAAUCAUUGCGCUACAGAAUGGUGUCUCGCAAGGUGGCGCGGAGUUUUAUGCAAGCUGCAGCCAGCUUUCCAUAGGCGGGACAGGCUCUGGGGCACCAACCUCAAAUGAACUGGUCAAGCUGCCGGGGGCGUAUAGCGCGACAGAUCCCGGAAUACUUGUUGAUGUUUAUUCGAACACCAACGCUCCCUAUUCUUUCCCGGGCCCUCCGAUUGCAGCGUUCGUUGGAAACGUAGCCUCACCGCCUCCCACAACGACUCAAUCGCAGAACACAAUUACCAAGUCACGUCCGACAACGACUAGAGAGGACUCCCCUUCACAAAUAGCCAGUAGCUCAACCGUACCCACCGCCGUUUGCCGGCUCAAGCGACGGAUAGCCCACCCUUCCAACUCUCCCGCCCGACGAUGGCAUCACACGUUCCGAAGUUGGGUCGUGUGA